AUAUCUCUGCAAGUGAACAAAUCGCCAUGAAGGCUAUAAAAAUCUGCUAAAAAAGCAUAUAAUAAGAGAUCAUAGUGGCAAUAAUAAGCCAUUAGACUAUUACAAGAAAAGAAAACAGGAAAAGGGAAUUAAACCCUAAAUUGCUAUAGAUAAGCAAUUAAGUUUUAUUUAUAUACAAAAUCCUAAUACUACUGUUGUCAAAUCUAUUAUGAUAAAUCUAUUAUGAAUCCUAAGAAUCAAAAUAAAUUUGACAACAUAAGCUCUAUUCAAAGAGACCUAAGUUUUCUGUCUAAAAAUCAGUGGAGGAGAAGAUGGGCGGUUAAUGAAGAUUUUUUUAGGAAAGAACGGUUAUAACAAUUGCAGAGGAAGAGAGGUUUUUUUCUGGUUUGAACAAAAAAAAAAAAAAAAACCAUCGUGGAGUUAUUGCAGUGCCAUCACUAGCCCGAAGUAAGCAUUAAAGCAAGCGGCCUGGUGCCUACCCACGUUGGGGUCAUUGAUUAUUUCUCCCUAUUUUAUCCUGUUCUUCUGCACCGGUAGAAAGAAAAUUUCCCCAAUUUUGAAACAAAGUACUAAAAUUGUUCGAGAGAGAGACAAUGAUUGUUGAAUUCUAGUACAAUCAUAACGAAUGUUGGUAACAAACCCUAAAUUGUUUUCACCCAUUCCUUUAAAAUCAUCAUUUUUUGCUUCUUCCUCUUCCAUUAAACUAUCUUCAUCUUGUACAGUAACUUGUCAAGCGACAGAAGUUCCAUAUAAAGUACCUCAAUGGUUUCAAUCUUCAAAACCCAUUUUUGCUGCCAUUAAUACCACUGUUGGUUUACCUCCGCAAGGUGGAACAACAAAUGUUGAUGGGUUAAGAGAAAUUACUACAGUGAACAAUGAUAAUAGUAGUAGUAGUAAUACUACUAGGGUUAAUGCUAAGGAACGAUGGUCUAGAGAUAGAGAGAGUUAUUUAAGAGAUAAUGAUGAUGCUCUUCCUCUUCCCAUGACUGUUCCUGAUUGUUCUCCUGUCUCUCCCGAUGAAAUUGAUCGUCGUUUUCAAUGUGAUCCUGUCAUUGAGGAUUGUAAAGAGGUUGUUUAUGAAUGGACUGGAAAAUGUAGAAGUUGUCAAGGUUCUGGAUUUGUGAGUUAUUAUAACAAAAGAGGCAAGGAGACUAUAUGUAAAUGCAUCCCCUGUCAAGGAAUCGGAUAUGUUCAGAAAAUCACCGCUAGGAAGGACAUUGAAGUAAUGGAGGAUAUAGACAACGAUAAACCAACUUGGCAAUAAUAUAUUCUGAUUAUUUAAUGAGACAUCUAUCUCCCACACACAAAUUCUUAUGGCCUUUCACAAUUUUUCUCCUUUACGUCUGCAUCAUUCUUCACUCUUACUUAAUGGGUACAAUAAAGAACUAUCACCUGGAGAGGUGAACAUAUAGAAUCAAGGACAUGAAACAUCUCUUAUUUUUCAAUAGAAUUGUUUUAUUUCGUCUUGGUUUA